AUGACAUCAGAUAGUUCCGUGUAUCUAAACAAUACACCUAAUUUUGUAUCUCAGAUGCUGUUCAAUAAAAAAUCUCAUCCCCUCAAUAAUAAAUCCAGUUAUCUUGGACCAUAUUUAUUCAAAGGUUCUAGAGGAUCUCUACCGUAUACAUUUAAUAUACCUGAGUCUAUACCAGAAGUCCCUGUUUCUCCACGACAUCAUUCUGUAUCGUUCAGUCUAGCUGAAGGUCAUAUGAAAACUUCGUCACAGCACAGCCGUUCACCCUCAUCUCUUCUUGAUGAUAUCAUAAUCGAACCGAGUGAAUCUGAUAAGUGCGUAUCUCCUCUAAGGACAUGUGAUUUGGCUGUACCAUGCAGCAGUACAUUUGAAGAAGCUUUGAAAACACUUGAACAAGACAGUCGUGAUGGUCGUGACAAAGAAUACAUUGAUUAA